CAGCAUUUGAGAUAAUGUUGAGAUAAACACCUGUAGAUAUUACAAGUAUUUAAAGGGUGAAAUGUUAUUUUUUCGAGUUAGUUCAAGUGCAGGUUUCAAACCAUAAAGAUCGUAAGUAUACUUAACACUACCGAUUUGCAUUUUUAUAUUUCAAAAUUCGUUUUUCUGAAUUUGUUGUAAUUAAUAAAGUAGGUAUAUCAUUUAAUCAAUGGUAAACCUGAUCUUCUAGGAAUUAUGUUAACAUAUUUUUUUUGUAUUUUUCAGAAAAUACAAUGUCUGUCGUGUCAGAAAAUGAAAUUAGAGUUGCCGAAGAAGUGAUGGUGGAGGUCCAUCGGGACGCCGAAAACGUCGGCGACGUCCCAAAGACGGAUGUAACUCAGAACCGUACUGAAAAUCGGAGGGGACGUGGACGUGGGCGGGGACGUGGGCGAGGACGGGGACGUGGGCGAGGACGCGAACGAGAACCUAGGCCACGAAGAGAACAUCGUGGUCGUCGAGGAAGACAAGAAGCAAAAAAGACCAUCAGCCCACCGGCUCCACCGACACCGGCUCCGCCAGCAUCGGCGCGUCAAGAUGCCCCCUCACAAGGGGGCAAUACAUUCACAUUUCAUUUCAAUUAUUACUUUAAAUAAAUAAACAUACAUAAAUU